CCUGAUACACGCGCACCCCCGAUCUCACUGCCCAGUCCCGCGCUACCUUGAACUCACCGUAUAUGGCGAUAUCUUCUCUACGCUCUCUAAUUCUCCUGCUCCUCCCCAAUCUUGUCUUCCUUUAGCCUUUUGUCCUCGCCGACGGAGAGAACUGCUCUGCUGUGUGCCUGGGAUCAGACCGCACAAUCUACUCUAAGCAAGCACCGCCACCGUUCGAUCAUAUAACUUGCAUUGAACCGGCACCACCGACAGACACCACCUUCGUGCCCACGCGGAGAGACGCGGCACUUCUUUUCGCGAUAAUGAAGUUGCUUCCUACACAUAGAAGAUAGCCGUUCAGACCAGCAACAUGUCUGCGGCAACCCCUCCCCCGCCGCCAGAGGGUGUAUCCGGCGACAGCGGGCCCAAAAGCAAAAGGUCGUCUAUGGGUAGUGAUAUGCUGCCUGAUGGCACGAGACACAUCGACGACUUGGUCGACGAUGCAAACCGCCGCGCAGAAGGCCUGCUACAAUAUCCGAUAGGACACAUAGUGAACUCGGCCGCAGAAUCCGCGCGCUAUGCUGGCACCCUGGUCAGCUUCCGACGACGUGAUCAAGCAUUCGUAGAGUACCUGCUAGCCAUGAAUCUUGCCACCGAUGUGAUCACCCGUCACAGAGACUGGGCUAGCUUUCGAAACCCCCAUAAUCAGCACAGCAAUGUAUGGAAGUCGUACCGGCAAACUCUGACUCUACUCAAGAGUAUGGAGGACCAGUUCGACCAGAUCAAGAAGAUAAUCAGAUUAGAGAACCAGAGGUAUGGCAUAUCGCCUAAAAAGGGGAGGAUGGCUGCACCUGAGAUUGGGAGUCGUCCCUCUACGCCGUCGUCGAGGCCGGUUAGCCAGCACGAUGUGCUUCCUGUAUCGAGGCCGCUUAGCCAGCAAAGCAUUAGGCCGCCAUCGCGUACACUGGCCACAAGGCCCGAUGAAAUGUUCUUGGAUCCUCACCCUCCCUCCCCUGCGCCGACAAGCAGCACUGAAACGGACCCAACACUGUCAAAUUCGGAUUUUUCAGACUUUACCACAUCAAUGGACUCGAAUUCGACGACAUCCCUUCCGAAAUUGAAGCCACAGAUUCGGCCAAAGCCUGAAAGUUUGCAUAGUCGUGCGGUAACGGCUGCUUCCGGGACUGGGAUAUCGGCGAGCAAUGCAACAGCGGACCUAGAGGCUAGAUUUGCAAGAUUACGUCCUUCGAGCACUCCUGCCGGCUUGGUUAGUUCUCAGCAAGGCGUGUAUUAUCAACCCCAAAGCUUAGCAGGACUGCGAUCAACCUCGCCCAUCUCACCUCCACGACCAAGCGGACCACGUGAUUUACCAACUGUGCCGCCAAAAAUCCCAAUUGAUACAGCAGUCACAAUUAGUAUGCCGAAACCGCCAGAUCCGGCUUAUAGCCCAGCGCGAAACAUGCAGACUCCGCAUGGCGUCAUUCCUCCUAGGACUACAGUCAGAAGCACAGUAAGAAGCGCCUCGUCGAGCGCUUCUGUAACUGCACCAGGCAACUUUGAAAAUGGCUCUUAUUUCCCCCGUACAAAUGGUGCGAACACUGCCGAAAUUCUCACUAAACGCAAAGGCUCAAUCGGACUACCAAGCGAAGGGCGGGCAAUAGAGGCAAAAAUCUUGUUCGACUAUAUGAACUUGUACAAAAUCCUCGUCAUUGACGUGCGCGAUCGACAGGCCUUUGACGAGGGCCAUAUCGAUUCGAUGGGCACAAUAUGCAUACCUCCUGAAAGCCUCCGUGAAAACAUGACAGAUGAGGACUUAGAGCGUGCAACGUUGCUUUCGCCAGACGCGGAGAUGGCCCUGUUCGCCAAACGUGACCAAGUCGAUCUAGUCGUAUAUUAUGACCAGGACACACAAACACCUUCUUUUCUGACGAAAGCAUCGCGUACGCCCAAGGAAGAUGCGCUUCGGUACAUUUUCGAUGCUCUUUGGGAGCUGAAUGUAGCAAAAGCAUUGAAGAGGCCACCAUUACUGCUUACAGGAGGCAUAGAUGCGUGGUCUGAUUUACUAGGUCAUGCCGCACUCAGAACGAGUCACACGGUGGAGAUGACUGGAAUUAAGAGUAGAGUACCAACAAGACGGCCGGUUCCUGCACCGUCCCCUGCAGCUCUGCUCGCGAUGGAAAGGAGACGACGAAGAGAAUACAAUCCGCUAGAUGCCGAAGAGGAGAGAAGGUGGCAAGAGUCUGCACGCAAGGAGAGCGUGUAUAUUCCUGAGUCCGACGAGGCAUUGCCUGAUGACGAAGAAUCAGAUGUUGCCUUCUACAGGACACAGGAAGAUUUCUUGCGGAGAUACCCUGCGGUGAGUACAAUUCAGGAAAGUAUGUCACAAGCUCCACCACGCAAAGAUUUCCAGUAUCCUGUGCAACCUCCUCCAUUAAGGCCUCCUCCACCGCCCGCCAGCACAUAUGCCGCAAACGCGAAUCAGCAGCCUGUUUUUCCUUCACGGCCUGCGCCUGCUGCUCCAAGGGUCAGUUACAGCGGCGCGCACGAGCGGCACGAGGCGCUUAAUGGGCAACACUCAAGGAGCCAAUCACUGCGACCUUACGUGCCUCCUCGAGAGAUGCCGCAUAACAUCCGGCUUCCGCGGACGGGACUCAUCAACUUCGGAGUUACGUGCUAUAUGAAUGCGACAAUUCAAUGCUUGAACGCGACUUUGCCUCUCAGCACGCAGUUCCGUAACGAUAAUUUUAUGAAUUAUCUGCAGCGCGAGAACUGGAAAGGUGCAAGGGGGCUGUUUCCGCAGCACUUUGCAAAUUUGAUCAAGCAUCUAUGGGUUGGCGACGUGCAAGCUGUGAGGCCAACGACAUUUCGUGGCUUCUGUGCGCGUCUCGACUCUAAAUACGGUAUCGACCAGCAACAGGACGCGAAGGAGUUCCUGGAAUUCGCGUUAGACUACCUUCACGAGGAUCUGAACAUACACUGGAAGAACAAUCCGCCACACGUUCUGUCUCCUGCCGAAGAAGAAACACGCGAGCGACUUCCCAAAGGCUAUGCCGCCAUGAUCGAAUGGUCCCGCUACUCUAAGAGAAGUAAAUCGCUCAUACAAGACCUAUUUGCAGGGCAGCACUUCUCGAAGAUCACAUGCAUGAAGUGUCGACAUACAAGCACAACGUACGAGACAUUCUUCAGUAUUAGCGUGGAAAUUCCGAAGUCUGGCUCCAGUGAUAUAUACUCUUGCCUCAAGAGUUAUUGUCGGGAGGAGCUGUUGAGCGGAGCAGAAAUGCCCAAAUGCGAAAAGUGUGGUAAGCAAAGGGAGCAUACCAAGCAGAUCACAAUUACUCGCGCGCCUCGGUAUCUAGUAGUUCAUUUCAAGCGCUUCACCGCCAAGCUCGCAAAGAUCAGCACGCCCAUCACCUUCCCUCUCCGUGACUUUGACCUUACACCUUUCGUGCUGCCGCCCCUUACCAGCCAAGAACGCGACAUUGUCGCGAGCGAGACCAACGACCCAUCAUUUUUGUCUCGAGCACCGGAAGAGAGCAUGACGCCUCCAUUCCUAUAUGACGCAUACGGCGUCGUACGUCACAUUGGCAAUUCGCUGAGCUCUGGGCACUACAUUGCCAUGGCGAGAGACCCGGGAAGAGGCUGUUGGAGGCAGUUCAAUGACACACAGACAAGUGACUUCGACCCAGGAAAUGAUUCGAUAAAGGUCGGCGGGAGGGAGGCCUAUGUAGUAUUCUUUGAGAGGAAACUACCUGAACAACAUAGUUCUUAGGUGUGUGGGCGUUUAGCGUGGUGGAUAUAAUUAUUUUUGGGUUCCCAGCUUUGAAUACCUUGUUCGAUAACCGUUCGCUCGCGGGUGAAUGAUUCUACGCAUGAAUUUUAGCGAAAGCAUCAACAAUUAGAGCGUGAAGAAACCAAAAUCAACCUUUUUAUGAUCUUAUG